UGCUGUGGGGGGCUCAGCGAGAGUGGAGUGGUAGUAGGUGGUUUUGACAUUUGCUGUUGCUGUCAUUAAUACUUCCAAACACAUCGUUUGCUCCGAAUAUAAGGUGUCCGUUGAGAUUAAGAGACAUUAAAGUAUGGAGUUUAAUUCAGAAUAACUUUGUUUUAAGAAAUGAAAAACAGCCAGUGGUUUUGUUGUCAGCUAGCUCGCUAGCCUGGUUUGAACUGCAGCUACAACAACAACGGCUGAACUGUGCUCACCGUUAUCCGUUGGGGUGAGUGUAAAUUACGUUUCCACGAGUCAACUUUAACCUUUAAACGCCUCUUUUAUCUCACUAACACCAGCUAGUUUUACGAGGCAUGAGGGUUUUCCUUUUGGUGGAAAAUACUGAAGCUUUGUCCAGUUUUAAUCUCACACUUGCUCGAACAUCCUGCUUUAUUCCAUAUUUGAUGCCCCUCUCUGCUGUUUGUGGGGAUGUUUGUGCCUCCUCCUCAUCAUCCUUUAUUCCCUCCAUGCUGACCUUUACCCCAUUUGAAGCAGCCGCACUUGGCAUUCAUGUCAGCUGUCACAGACUGGCUGUGCACUGGACACUGGCUGGGAAAUGUAGCUUACUAGGCCUGCUGGUGUAGUAAACCGCAUUAACAUCUUGAUCAAGUGGUUGUCUAAGGAGGAUGUCAGUGAAUGCUCCCAUUUGCACUUUCUGGAUUAAUCCUAUGGAUAUUGUUCAAACUGUGGAAAAUUAAUACCUGGACAGAAGCGAUGCCCGUGAAAGGAGAAGAAUCUCCUCCCGCAGCAGAGGAGGGUUUACCUGCCACACGGCCUCCUUAUCCAGGCGAACAUUCCCUGUCAGCAGUUCCCAAAAGCUCAAAACACAAUGAGUCUGACAAUCUGCAGGCUGAUGGCGCCUCUGCAGGUCUCAAAGUCAAAACAAAAGAGUGUGAGGCUGUGCAGGCAUCGUCUGAGUCAAAUUCAGGAGAGCUAUCAUCGCAGGCGACCACCCAGGAGCCUCUAAGAGCUGCUGCUCCGAUGCUCAGCUCCGGGCCCGAGGCGAGGGACCGCCUCAAGUUCAUUUUGGGAGCAUCAGAGGACAACUCCUCAGACGAGGAACCUCUGGUCACCAAACCUCCAAGCGGCUCAUCUCACCCACCGACCAAGUCUUCAACUCAGCAGGCGUCCUCUGCAGCAUCACAAUCCAGCUCCUCCAGCAUCAAGCCUAGCAUGUCUGGUCUCCACUUGGUGAAAAAAGGACGGGAGCAGAGGAAGAUGGAUCUCCAGAGGGACUUCACCGUGGCCUCUCCUGCGGAGUUUGUCACCAGGUUUGGUGGCAAUCGGGUCAUUGAAAAAGUGCUCAUUGCAAACAACGGUAUUGCUGCAGUCAAAUGCAUGCGCUCUAUCCGUCGCUGGUCCUAUGAAAUGUUUCGCAAUGAGAGGACCAUCCGUUUUGUGGUGAUGGUGACCCCUGAAGACUUGAAAGCAAAUGCAGAAUACAUAAAAAUGGCGGACCACUAUGUGCCAGUACCCGGUGGGCCAAACAAUAACAACUACGCCAAUGUAGAGCUGAUAGUGGACAUUGCAAAAAGAAUCCCUGUGCAGGCUGUGUGGGCCGGUUGGGGUCAUGCCUCAGAAAACCCCAAACUGCCUGAGCUGUUGAACAAAGCAGGAAUAUCAUUUUUAGGACCGCCCAGUAAGGCCAUGUGGGCUCUCGGGGAUAAAGUAGCUUCUUCCAUUGUGGCUCAGAGUGCUGACAUUCCCACACUACCAUGGAGCGGAUCAGGCCUGAGGGUGGAGUGGGCAGAGGAGGACCAAAGACUGGGGAAUGUUAUCAGUGUUCCUCCAGAGAUCUAUACUAAAGGCUGUGUGCAGGAUGUAGAUGAUGGGCUUGCAGGUGCUGAGAAGAUUGGUUAUCCAAUUGUCAUCAAGGCAUCGGAGGGUGGAGGUGGAAAGGGAAUCCGCAAGGUUGAAAGCUCAGAGGAUUUUACAAGUUCCUUCAGACAGGUUCAGACGGAGGUUCCCGGCUCGCCUAUCUUCGUCAUGCAGCUGGCUCAGCAUGCGAGACAUCUUGAGGUUCAGAUACUGGCAGAUGAGUAUGGAAACGCCAUCUCUCUGUUUGGACGAGACUGCUCCAUCCAGAGGAGGCACCAGAAGAUCAUUGAGGAGGCUCCUGCCACUAUAGCUGCUCCCUCAACAUUUGAGCAAAUGGAGCAGUUUGCUGUGCGACUUGCUAAGAUGGUAGGUUACGUGAGUGCAGGCACUGUGGAAUAUCUCUUCUCUGAGGAUGGAAGUUUCCAUUUCCUGGAGCUGAAUCCUCGCCUGCAGGUGGAACAUCCCUGCACAGAGAUGAUUGGAGAUGUUAACCUGCCUGCUGCCCAGCUGCAGAUUGCAAUGGGUAUUCCACUGUAUAGAAUCAAAGACAUCCGCAUGCUUUAUGGAGAAACUCCAUGGGGUGAUUCCUUCAUUAACUUUGAAACUCCAGAGUGCAUACCAAGUCCAAGAGGGCAUGUCAUAGCUGCUCGGAUCACCAGUGAGAACCCAGAUGAGGGUUUCAAACCCAGCUCUGGCACUGUGCAGGAGCUGAACUUCCGCAGCAGUAAAAACGUCUGGGGUUAUUUUAGCGUGGGGGCAACUGGUGGUCUCCAUGAAUUUGCAGACUCACAGUUUGGACACUGUUUCUCCUGGGGAGAGAACCGUGAAGAGGCUAUUUCGAACAUGGUGGUGGCUAUGAAGGAGCUGUCCAUCAGAGGUGACUUCAGGACCACAGUAGAAUACCUCAUUAAGCUGCUAGAGACAGAAAGCUUCAGAAACAACGACAUAGAUACUGGCUGGCUUGAUCACCUUAUAGCAGAGAAAGUGCAGGCAGAGAGACCAGACACAAUGCUUGGGAUUGUUUGUGGGGCCUUGCAUGUUGCCGAUGCCAGCUUCAGAAAAAGCAUGUCUGACUAUUUACAUUCUCUGGAGAGAGGCCAAGUGCUUCCAGCAGCCAGUCUCCUCAACUCUGUCAGUGUGGACCUGAUUUAUGAAGGAGUCAAGUUCUGCCUCAAGGUGGCUCGCCAAUCUCCAACCACAUAUGUCAUCAUAAUGAACGGCUCAAACAUCGAGAUCGACGUCCACAGGCUGAGCGAUGGAGGCUUGCUCUUGUCCUAUGAUGGCAGCAGCCACACCACUUACAUGAAGGAGGAGGUGGACAGCUAUCGAAUCACAGUUGGCAACAAGACUUGUGUAUUUGAAAAGGAGAAGGACCCCACGGUGCUGAGGUCACCCUCUGCUGGUAAACUGCUGCAGUAUAUGAUCGAGGAUGGAGGUCACAUUUGUGGAGGAGAGAUGUAUGCAGAGAUUGAGGUGAUGAAGAUGGUGAUGACACUGACUGUGCAGCAGUCUGGUUGUAUCUACUUUGUCAAGAGACCUGGAGCAGUUCUGGAGCCGGGCUGUGUGGUUGCACGAAUAGACCUGGAUGAUCCCAGUAGUAUACACCGGGUGGAACUCAACACGGCCACAUUGCCACCCCAGCAGCCUCUGCCUAUUGUUGGAGAAAAGCUUCACCAGGUGUUCCACAGCGUGCUUGAAAACUUGUUUAAAGUCAUGGAUGGUUACUGCCUUGAAGAACCUUACUUCAGCACCAAGUUGAAACAGUGGGUGGCUACCCUGAUGAAGACCUUACGGGACCCCUCGCUGCCACUGUUAGAACUCCAGGAGAUCAUGACGAGUGUGGCCGGUCGCAUUCCUCCUGGUGUGGAGAAAGAUAUCCGCAAAGUCAUGGCUCAAUAUGCUAGCAAUAUCACCUCUGUCCUCUGCCAGUUUCCCAGUCAAAGAAUUGCAAAUAUCUUGGACAGCCAUGCAGCAACGUUACAGAGGAAGGCUGACAGAGAGGUGUUCUUCAUGAACACUCAGAGUAUCGUUCAGCUGGUGCAGAGGUACCGAAGUGGGAUUCGUGGUUACAUGAAGUCUGUGGUUCUUGAUCUGCUGAAGCGAUACCUACAAGUAGAGAUGCAGUUUCAGCAAGCUCACUAUGACAAGUGUGUAAUCAAUCUGAGAGAGCAGUACAAGCCGGACAUGACUCCUGUGCUUGAGUACAUCUUCUCUCACGCUCAGGUCUCCAAGAAGAAUGUCCUCGUCACAAUGCUUAUAGAUCAACUGUGUGGACGCGAUCCCACACUGGCAGAUGAGCUAAUGGCCAUUCUGAACGAGCUCACGCAGCUCAGCAAGAUGGAGAAUUCAAAGGUGGCAUUAAGAGCAAGACAGGUGUUGAUAGCCUCUCACUUACCAUCAUAUGAACUGAGGCACAACCAGGUGGAGUCCAUCUUUCUCUCAGCCAUCGACAUGUAUGGCCACCAGUUUUGUCCCGAAAACCUAAAGAAACUCAUCCUCUCUGAAACAUCCAUUUUUGACGUUUUACCCAACUUCUUCUAUCACUCCAAUCAAGUGGUUUGCAUGGCUGCUUUGGAGGUGUAUGUGCGCAGAGCUUACAUUGCCUAUGAGCUCAACAGCAUCCAGCAUCAUCAGCUGCAGGAUGGGACAUGUGCUGUGGACUUCCAGUUCAUGUUGCCGUCAUCACAUCCCAAUAGAGGGAGCAGCCCUACUCUGAACAGGGUUCCUGUUCCAGUCAGUUCAUCAGGUCAGUUUCAGAUGAGGAGGCAGAGCAGUGAGCUCUACCUGGAGGGAGCUUUCUCUCCACCUUGCCAGCGUAUGGGCGCCAUGGUGGCUUUCCAGUGUGUUGAUGACUUCAAAAGGAAUUUUGAUGAAGUUCUUUCCAGUUUUGCAGAGCCACUUUUAGAGAUGGCUCCGUUCUCAGAUUCCUGCUCCAGUCUCUAUGAUGAAGAGAACUUCAAGAAUACGAGGGAGAACCCCAUCCACAUCAUCAAUGUGUCCAUAAAAUCAGCAGACACAGAGGAUGACGACGCUUUGGUUACAGCCUUCACUGCCUUUUCCCAAUCAAAGAAAGCUGUGCUGUUUGAGUAUGGAAUCAGGAGGAUCACAUUUUUGAUUGCACAGAAGAGAGAAUUUCCCAAGUUCUUCACUUUCAGAGCAAGAGAUGGGUUUCAGGAGGAUCGUAUUUAUCGCAAUCUGGAGCCAGCUUUAGCGUUUCAGCUUGAGCUGAACCGCAUGAGGAACUUUGACCUGACAGCUGUUCCCUGUGCCAACCACAAGAUGCACCUCUACCUCGGUGCUGCUCGUGUCCAAGAGGGGACUGAAGUCACAGACUAUCGUUUUUUCAUCCGAGCUAUCAUCCGCCACUCAGAUCUCAUCACAAAGGAAGCCUCCUUUGAAUACCUUCAAAAUGAAGGAGAGCGUCUUCUGUUGGAGGCCAUGGAUGAGUUGGAGGUGGCCUUCAGUAACACAAGUGUCCGCACCGACUGCAACCACAUCUUCCUUAACUUUGUCCCCACUGUCAUCAUGGACCCCUCUAAAAUAGAGGAGUCUGUUCGCUCCAUGGUGAUGCGUUAUGGCAGCCGUCUCUGGAAGCUGCGAGUGCUGCAGGCUGAGCUGAAGAUCAACAUCCGUUUGACGCCAACAGGGAACGCCAUUCCCAUCCGCCUUUUUCUCACAAAUGAGUCUGGAUAUUAUCUCGACAUCAGCCUGUACAAGGAGGUCACUGACCUGAGCUCUGGCCAGAUCAUGUUCCAGUCUUAUGGAGACAAGCCGGGCCCUCUGCACGGCAUGCUGAUCAACACUCCCUAUGUGACCAAAGACCUGCUGCAGGCCAAACGCUUCCAGGCUCAGACUCUGGGAACAACAUACGUCUACGACUUUCCUGAGAUGUUCAGACAGGCACUGUUUAAGCUGUGGGGUCCAGGGGACAAAUGCCCCAAAGAUGUGCUGAUGUGUACCGAGCUGGUCCUGGACCCACAAGGACGACUUGUGAAUAUGAACCGUCUGCCUGGAGACAAUGAUGUGGGGAUGGUUGCCUUUAGGAUGAAGAUGAAGACACCAGAGUACUCCGAGGGCAGAGACAUCAUUGUAAUCUGCAAUGACAUCACUCACAUGAUCGGGUCAUUUGGUCCUCAAGAAGACGAGUUGUUCCUGAAGGCGUCUGAGCUUGCACGUGCUGAGGGGAUCCCUCGUAUUUACAUCGCCGCAAACAGUGGAGCACGCAUUGGCCUGGCUGAAGAGAUCAAACACAUGUUCCAGGUGGCCUGGAUUGAACCCAAAGACCCCUACAAGGGUUUCAAGUACCUUUACCUGACACCACAGGACUACACGCGCAUCAGCUCAACAAACGCCGUUCACUGUCACCAUGUAGAGGAAGGUGGAGAGUCCAGGUACAUCAUCACUGACAUCAUCGGGAAGGACGAUGGUCUUGGGGUUGAGAACCUGCGAGGCUCUGGCAUGAUAGCUGGGGAAUCAUCUUAUGCCUAUGAUGAGAUCAUUACAAUCAGUAUGGUGACAUGUCGAGCUAUUGGAAUCGGAGCGUAUCUGGUCCGUUUGGGACAAAGAGUGAUUCAGGUUGAAAACUCUCACAUUAUCCUGACUGGAGCGGGUGCUCUCAAUAAGGUUUUAGGCAGAGAGGUCUACACCUCCAACAACCAGCUGGGAGGGAUCCAGAUCAUGCACAAUAAUGGAGUCACACACAGCACUGUGCCUGAUGAUUUUGAAGGUGUCUUUACCAUCCUCCAGUGGCUCUCCUAUAUGCCAAAGAACAAACACUCCCCUGUGCCUGUUUUAGCAACUACAGAUCCAGUCGACAGGGAGAUAGAGUUUACUCCCACAAAAGCGCCGUAUGACCCCCGCUGGAUGCUGGCUGGGAGACCUCAUCCAGCUGUGAGAGGAGCCUGGCAGAGCGGGUUCUUUGACCAUGGCUCCUUCAUGGAGAUCAUGGGGUCGUGGGCUCAAACUGUGGUAGUGGGCAGAGCACGGCUAGGAGGAAUUCCCCUUGGUGUCAUCGCUGUUGAAACUCGCACAGUUGAGUUAACAGUCCCAGCAGAUCCUGCAAACCUGGAUUCAGAGUCUAAGGUACUACAACAGGCUGGUCAAGUUUGGUUUCCAGACUCAGCGUUUAAAACAGCUCAGGCUAUCUGCGACUUCAACCGCGAGCGUCUGCCUCUCAUGGUGUUUGCCAACUGGAGGGGCUUCUCUGGUGGAAUGAAAGAUAUGUAUGACCAGAUAUUGAAGUUUGGGGCUUACAUCGUGGAUGCCCUGCGUGGUUUCCGCCAGCCGGUGUUGGUAUACAUCCCUCCACAUGCUGAGCUGAGAGGAGGAUCAUGGGUAGUGAUCGACCCUACCAUCAACCCACUAUGUAUGGAGCUCUAUGCAGACAGGGAGAGCAGAGGUGGUGUGCUAGAGGCUGAGGGUACAGUGGAGAUCAAAUUCAGGAGGAAGGACCUGCUUAAGACUAUGAGAAGACUGGAUUCAGUCUACGCUAGUCUGGCUGAGCAGCUCGCUUCCCCUCAGCUAUCUGACAAACAGAGCAAAGAGCUGGAGUCAAAACUCAAAGCAAGAGAGGAGUUCCUGUUGCCCAUCUACCACCAGGUGGCAGUGCAGUUUGUAGAUCUCCAUGACACCCCAGGCAGGAUGCAGGAGAAAGGUGUUAUCACUGAUAUUUUGGAUUGGAAGAAUGUGCGGACCUUCUUCUACUGGCGUCUGCGCCGCCUCCUGUUGGAGCAGGUGGUGAAGUGUGAGAUUCUGCAGGCCAAUCAGGACCUCAGUGAUGGACAUAUGCAGUCCAUGCUGCGACGCUGGUUUGUAGAAACAGAGGGCACAGUCAAGGCCUACCUCUGGGAUAACAACAAAACAGUAGUUGAAUGGCUCGAGAAACAUUUGUCUGAGCAGGAUGGCACUCGAUCAGCCAUCCGAGACAACAUCAAGUACUUGAAAAGAGAAAACACCUUGAAACAUAUCCGCAGCUUGGUGCAGGCCAACCCUGAAGUAGCCAUGGACUGCAUCAUCCACAUGAGCCAGAACAUCACUCCCUCCCAGAGGGCCAAGCUCUCACAUCUGCUUGCCACUAUGGACAACACCAGCACCAGUUAAGCUGACAGGGCAUUAUCAGGUUGUAUGAUUGGUUAGAACAAAGUAUGAGUUUUAGUUGAUUGUACUCAGAAGAGAAAAUGUAAAGCUAAAGUAAAUUAUAUUACUUGUAGGGUUGUGGGUGGGGCAAUUCCUUGCAAUAAUGACUUAUUCCUCAGUGAAGACUGAACCACUACUGUUCUCUGUCUGUUGAGCACAUUAACUUUAUGUGACAUCUCUGCAGGGAAGUCACAAACUGUCCCCUUUUAAAUGACAGGCGGGGAUUUUCUCUUUUAGAUUUUAAGUUAAAGAGUAGUAUCAACUGCCCAUUCAGGUUCACAAACUGUGACUGUUAUUGCACAUUUCAAUGGCACACUUGUAAAUAAUGCUGUAUCAGUAUUGGAUUUGCCAUAAAAGGCUGUGUGCAGCCUGCUAAAGACAGACAUUAACAGGAUUCAUGAAGUUAGAAACUUCAUAUUUAGGUGCUGUUAUCAUGUUCCGUUAAACAUUUUAAAUGGAGAAUUUGGUUUCAUAUUUGAAUGUAGCUCACAGGAAACUGCUCAGUUUUGAUACAUGUUCAGAUAAAACUGACAAAAAAUUAAGUUCAUAAUUUCAGAGAAAGAGUUAAAAGUAAUUAAAAGUAAUUAAAAGUAAUUUCUUGAAAUUAACUUGUCUAAACUAUCACAGGUUUCUUGCAAGUAUUAAUGUCCAGAACUACAAAUGAAGAAGAAGAUUCAGUUUUUUUAUGAGCAGUAUGAGUUGUGUUUUGUUGUUUCACGAUGUUGGACUCUGUUGUCCUUUCUUGUCACUUUCACUUCAACUGUAUUGAUGCUGCAAUGUUUGCUCAAUGAUGUUAUGAAUGUUUGUAGAGAUUAUAACACUUGAUGUUAAACUGUUUUCUUUUAUUUUUGUUAUGGUUUAGAUAUCAUUGAAGAAAUGCAGCCAUUCUAACUCAGGUUUUCUAGAAAGACGAUAAUCAUGAAAGUGAAUUUCUAACUGAUGGCUUCAUUUGCCUUACAUGUGAUUAAAUAUCAGCCAUGAAAUUAACUUUGAAUGUAUAUAAAAUCUUUCUGUCUAGUAUUGCCUUAAAAUACUAAAGACUGUUAAUAAAUGUCAUUGAGAUA